AGUUGAGGAAAACGGUAGUGGUGGCGUCAUUAGGGGGAAUGUAAACAAUUCACCCAACUUCCGUUUUUAGGAAAACCGGAAAACACUAACCGAGUCCUUAUGGACACUAGACAGUCUGCUUUUUGUUACAGAGAAGACAACAAGUGAGCUGCACCCGUUCGUACGAGUUCCAUGGUUUUCAGUGUUGGAUAUGAGAUAAGAUUUUGGAAGAUAUUGAAUCCUCCAGUGUCUGAAGAUUGCUGAAGAUGGUCUAAUCUGACGAACAUUGCUUUAUAAAUCCAUGAAAAGACCUUUUAUUUCUGAAAUUCUUAUUUCAGUGGUGCUAACACAUGUUAGCUCAGCUGUAACAUGGCUUUACUACAUUUAGGAAAUAUAUUACUACUAUUUGGUAUUACUGCCAUUUUCAUCCAUUAUGGAUCAAAUUUUGGAUCUCAUUCUGAUAAUGGUUCUCCACAAUCAUUUAAGAGCUCAUGGGAAGUAUAUGGCUGGUUCUCAUUAGUUCUCUACUUAUGUCAGUAUCUGGCACUUUUGGCCUUACCUCAAGCUGUUUUCAAUUUUCUGGGAUUCAUUUUAUUCAAUCCAUUUCCAGCUGAUCCCCAAAUUAAGAAAUCUAUUCAAUUGCCUGACUCAGUUCCUUUUAUAUGUUUCCGUGUUGUGACUAGAGGAGAUUACUCUAAUCUAGUACAAAACAAUGUAAAAAAAAACAUUGACACCUGUUUGAAUGUGGGACUUCAGAAUUUUAUUGUUGAAGUAGUAGCUGAUAGAUCAAUAUCACUAAAUCCUUCACAGCAUGCUUGUGAAGUGGUUGUACCUGUUGAUUACCAGACUAAAUCUGGAGCUAUGUUUAAAGCUAGAGCACUACAAUACUGUCUGGAGAAAGGGGUAAAUCGACUGAACGAUGAUGACUGGGUAGUUCAUCUUGAUGAAGAGACUGUUUUGACUGCCAGUAGUGUAAAGGGUAUAAUCAAUUUUGUUUGUAAUGGUAAGCACAAGUUUGGCCAAGGGUUGAUUACCUAUGCGCACGGAAAGAUAGUUAAUCAGUUCACUACAUUGUGCGAUACACUUCGAGUUGCUGAGGACAUGGGAAAGAUUCAAUUCCAACUCCGGGUUUUACGAAUGCCGAUUCUAGGCUGGAAAGGAUCGUUUGUCGUUUCUCAUUUGGGGUCAGAACGUAAGGUGUCCUUCGACAAUGGCCGUGACAGUUCUGUAGCUGAAGACACGUAUUUUGGCAUCCGCGCUGCUAGCCUGGGCUAUUCUUUUGAUUUUAUUCAAGGUGACAUGCACGAGCAAUCUCCGUUCACUUUGAUGGAUUUUUUACAACAGAGAAAGCGCUGGCUUCAGGGGCUUUUACUAGUCGCUCACUCAUCCUACAUUCCUUUUAGAUAUCGAUUUUUAUUGGGGGUAAGUGUUUAUUCCUGGAUUACCAUGCCUUUGACGACCGCCAAUCUUUUUUUGAAACCGGUAUGCCCCAUUGCCAUCCCACACAUCGUCGAUAUUUCCGUGUCUUUUAUCGGUGGAGUAUGGAUGUUCCUGUACAUUUAUGGUACGUGUCGAUCCUUCAGUAUUGCUCGCCUCGGUAUCUUCAAAUUCCUUUUGCUCCUAAUGGCUGGAGUGUUUGUUACACCUUUUAAAGUUGUAGUCGAAAAUAUUGCAGUUCUAUGGGGUUUGUUGACUCCCAAGCACAAGUUUUUUGUGGUGAAAAAAGACCUUAAUGCAAUUUGUGUGAUAUGAACGCCCAUAGCUCGUGCUUCCAUUUGCACAGCAUUAUGAGUCUCCGAGCCUGAUCUCUUUUGAUGACGUUCCAUAAGAAGCCUGUGAAGUUGUUAUGUUCCUAUGUGCCAAGGGUUUGUAGUAUAGUGCCACAGGUUCUGGAUAUAUGUUGCUCGCAUAUAAAACACACAAUGCCGUUUGUCUUUUCUAGUGUCUAUUGAAAGUAGGAAAUUGAAGUUGUCAAGGUUUUUAGAAAUAUUUGAUCGUUUAUUCUUCAAGAGCCUUAAUCGUGUACGCGAUGACCGUUAUUUUUAAAUUCAAAUAAUUGUUUUGAAUAUGUUGUUCAUUUGUUGAAUGCAAUUUGUGUGGGCUUAUACAUAAAAAUUUUAAACAAAA